AUGACUGAGCAAAGCUUUUGCGAUAUCGCACGAGAAUUUCGUCUUGGUGAAUGUACAUCAAAGGCUGCGAAACUAUAUUUAGCCAACUGCAAAAAGGAAAACCAGUGGCUACUCGUUAUUGACAACGCGGAUGACCCGGAUAUCGAUCUUGGGGGAUUUUUUCCUCGCGGUGAUAUGGGCAAUAUUUUAGUCACAACGAGAAACCCCGAAUGUAGAUCAUUCUGCUCAGAAAACGGCUACUUCGAAGUGGAUGCGAUGGACCCCGAAGAUGCCGUCAAGCUAUUGCUUAAGAUUACAAAACUAGAUGGACUAUCGUGCGAUUCCAAGAAACCACUGGCAACUAAGAUCGUACAAGCGCUGGGGUGCUUGGCUCUUGCGAUAACUCAUGCUGGAGCGUUUAUUGCAAAUGGCUCUACAAUGGAUACAUAUCUAGAGCAUCUUCGAGAAAACCCCAAAGAGUUGUUCAAUAUCCGCUUCGCUCAAGGCUCUGAAAUCUACAAAAGAAGAACUGUUUUUACAACGUGGGAAUUGUCGUUCAAUUCCUUGAAGGAUCCGUCCUCAUCACACAUCUUACAGAUCUUUGCAUUCUUCCACUAUGAUAGAAUUCCCAAAGACAUAUUCAGGCAUGCAUCUAAAAGUCGCCGGACAGAAGAGCUGCCGCAAUCAUUGUCUAGGCUUCUAACACAGAGACCUGGUGGCACUUGGAAUUCUCUAAAUUUCGAGGCGUCAAUUCGCAAUCUCCUCUCUUUCUCUCUCAUAAAGCAAGACACAUAUAGAGAGAAGGUUAUCUACUCUAUCCAUCCUCUCGUGCAUACCUGGUGCCGUGAAAGGCUGGAGUAUAGCGAUCAGGCUAGUUUUAGAAAGCUAGCUAGUACUCUUCUUGAAAGCUCGGUAGAUGUCAAUCGAGAUGAAAUAUCUCUCAUACAGCUGUUACCCCACAUUGAAUCAUGCAAAAGGAUCUUCCCUGGUUUAGCCUUGUUUAUACAGCCUAAGCAUUUUUGGAGUGUAUAUGAUGCUGCAGGAAAAUGGAAAGAAGCAGAAGAAAUUGCCAUAGAAACAGUGAAUAAUAACAAAGCGCUGGGCGAGGAGCACCCAGGCACCCUGGCAUCGAUGAGCAACCUUGCAUUGACGUAUUGGUACCAGGGAAAGUGGAAAGAGGCAGAGGCCCUUCAGGUUGUGGAGCUGGAGGUCAGUAAGAGAGUGCUGGGCGAGGAGCACCCAGACACCCUGAGAUCGAUGAGCAACCUUGCAUCGACGUAUAUGAACCAGGGAAAGUGGAAGGAGGCAGAGGCCCUUCAGGUUGUGGUGCUGGAGGCCAGUAAGAGAGUGCUGGGCGAGGAGCACCCAGGCACCUUGACAUCGAUGAGCAACCUUGCAUCGACGUAUUGGGACCAGGGAAAGUGGAAGGAGGCAGAGGCCCUUCAGGUUGUGGAGCUGGAGGCCAGUAAGAGAGUGCUGGGCGAGGAGCACCCAGGCACCUUGACAUCGAUGAGCAACCUUGCAUCGACGUAUUGGGACCAGGGAAAGUGGAAGGAGGCAGAGGCCCUUCAGGUUGUGGAGCUGGAGGCCAGUAAGAGAGUGCUGGGCGAGGAGCACCCAGGCACCUUGACAUCGAUGGGCAACCUUGCAUCGACGUAUUGGGACCAGGGAAAGUGGAAGGAGGCAGAGGCCCUUCAGGUUGUGGUGCUGGAGGCCAGUAAGAGAGUGCUGGGCGAGGAGCACCCAGGCACCUUGACAUCGAUGAGCAACCUUGCAUCGACGUAUUGGGACCAGGGAAAGUGGAAGGAGGCAGAGGCCCUUCAGGUUGUGGAGCUGGAGGCCAGUAAGAGAGUGCUGGGCGAGGAGCACCCAGGCACCUUGACAUCGAUGAGCAACCUUGCAUCGACGUAUUGGGACCAGGGAAAGUGGAAGGAGGCAGAGGCCCUUCAGGUUGUGGAGCUGGAGGCCAGUAAGAGAGUGCUGGGCGAGGAGCACCCAGGCACCUUGACAUCGAUGGGCAACCUUGCAUCGACGUAUUGGGACCAGGGAAAGUGGAAGGAGGCAGAGGCCCUUCAGGUUGUGGAGCUGGAGGCCAGUAAGAGAGUGCUGGGCGAGGAGCACCCAGGCACCUUGACAUCGAUGGGCAACCUUGCAUCGACGUAUUGGGACCAGGGAAAGUGGAAGGAGGCAGAGGCCCUUCAGGUUGUGGAGCUGGAGGCCAGUAAGAGAGUGCUGGGCGAGGAGCACCCAGGCACCUUGACAUCGAUGGGCAACCUUGCAUUGACGUAUAAGAACCAGGGAAAGUGGAAGGAGGCAGAGGCCCUUCAGGUUGUGGAGCUGGAGGCCAGUAAGAGAGUGCUGGGCGAGGAGCACCCAGGUACCUUGACAUCGAUGGGCAACCUUGCAUCGACGUAUAAGAACCAGGGAAAGUGGAAGGAGGCAGAGGCCCUUCAGGUUGUGGAGCUGGAGGCCAGUAAGAGAGUGCUGGGCGAGGAGCACCCAGGCACCUUGACAUCGAUGGGCAACCUUGCAUCGACGUAUUGGGACCAGGGAAAGUGGAAGGAGGCAGAGGCCCUUCAGGUUGUGGCGCUGGAGGCCAGUAAGAGAGUGCUGGGCGAGGAGCACCCAGGCACCUUGACAUCGAUGGGCAACCUUGCAUCGACGUAUUGGGACCAGGGAAAGUGGAAGGAGGCAGAGGCCCUUCAGGUUGUGGAGCUGGAGGCCAGUAAGAGAGUGCUGGGCGAGGAGCACCCAGGCACCUUGACAUCGAUGGGCAACCUUGCAUUGACGUAUAAGAACCAGGGAAAGUGGAAGGAGGCAGAGGCCCUUCAGGUUGUGGAGCUGGAGGCCAGUAAGAGAGUGCUGGGCGAGGAGCACCCAGGCACCUUGACAUCGAUGGGCAACCUUGCAUCGACGUAUAAGAACCAGGGAAAGUGGAAGGAGGCAGAGGCCCUUCAGGUUGUGGAGCUGGAGGUCAGUAAGAGAGUGCUGGGCGAGGAGCACCCAGGCACCUUGACAUCGAUGGGCAACCUUGCAUCGACGUAUUGGGACCAGGGAAAGUGGAAGGAGGCAGAGGCCCUUCAGGUUGUGGCGCUGGAGGCCAGUAAGAGAGUGCUGGGCGAGGAGCACCCAGGCACCUUGACAUCGAUGGGCAACCUUGCAUCGACGUAUUGGGACCAGGGAAAGUGGAAGGAGGCAGAGGCCCUUCAGGUUGUGGCGCUGGAGGCCAGUAAGAGAGUGCUGGGCGAGGAGCACCCAGGCACCUUGACAUCGAUGGGCAACCUUGCAUUGACGUAUAAGGACCAGGGAAAGUGGAAGGAGGCAGAGGCCCUUCAGGUUGUGGAGCUGGAGGUCAGUAAGAGAGUGCUGGGCGAGGAGCACCCAGGCACCUUGACAUCGAUGGGCAACCUUGCAUUGACGUAUAGGGACCAGGGAAAGUGGAAGGAGGCAGAGGCCCUUCAGGUUGUGGCGCUGGAGGUCAGAAAGAGAGUGCUGGGCGAGGAGCACCCAGGCACCUUGACAUCGAUGGGCAACCUUGCAUCGACGUAUUGGGACCAGGGAAAGUGGAAGGAGGCAGAGGCCCUUCAGGUUGUGGCGCUGGAGGCCAGUAAGAGAGUGCUGGGCGAGGAGCACCUCUUGAAAUAG